UUCUCCAUUGAUCGGAAGCCUGAGUGCCGUAGUCUUAGCCUUCGAUGGCGAGGCGAUCCCAUCUGACGGAACUCGGAUGCAUUGCUUGCAAGGAAUUGGAUCGAUUGGGCGCCGGAAAGGAGGGCUGGCUCGCCAACGAUCCUAAUCUCUUCCUUGCCCUCGACACCAACUCCCUCGCACUCGCCAACCGAUCCUUCGUCCUCGUCGUCGAUUGGAACGACUCCCCUCCUGUCUCCAUCCAGCCGACUCUUUCUCCUUCCGUCGAGGGAGAGAUUGCCGCGAUCGAGUGGUUAAUCUUUGAUGAUUUCCGGGUCCUCGCCCUCGGGACGUCAAACGGGUUCCUCCUCUUCUACUCCAUGAAUGCCGACCUGAUCCACAAGCAGAUUGUACAUCCUUCACGCAUUAUUAGAAUACGUGUUCGAGGAAGUGAUGGUAACUUUCCACAGAGCACAUCUUCAAACGAAAUAUGCAUAGUUAUGCCAGGCAUAAUUGCACGUUUUGAUGGAGCAGAUAUUCAGAAUUUUCUUCAAAAAUGGUUCCAAGAAAUGCAGUCAUAUAGACGGGAAAAUGAUUAUGGGAGGUUGCCCUACCAGCUAUGGAAUGUUGGGAAGUUUGGACCAUGCACUGAUGCUGCAAUUACUGGGAUCAUGCCUCCUCCUCUUCUGGAGCUUGAGUCAAGUCAACGUUACUACUGUGCAGUUACCAUUGGAGAAGAUGCUGUAAUUUCCGCAUUCAGGCUUUCUGAGGACAGAAAUAGGUCUCUAGUUGGAGCCAUUUUGUCGAAGGUUGUGCCAGCUACAUUUUCAACACUUUCAUCCUUCUCAAAAAUGAUAUGGCGGAGCAAUCAAGAGGCUGACAAGCCAAAAGAAGUGAAACCUCAGGCCUUUGCUCGAGCAUCUGUAUUGACAUGCUUGAGAGAUCCUCCAAGAAAGGGGGAAAGAUUUGCGCUGUCUCCAAGCGGUUCACUGGCUGCUAUUGCUGAUUCACUUGGCCGUAUUCUUUUACUAGAUACCCAAGCACUGGUUGUUGUGCGACAAUGGAAGGGCUAUCGUGAUGCACACUGUCUUUUCAUGGAGAUGUUAGUGAGCGGAGAUGCAUCUUCCUCAGAUUUGCCUCAUUAUGAAAAGUCAAAGAGUGAUUAUUGCCUGUGCCUAGCUAUACAUGCCCCUCGAAAAGGCAUAGUGGAGGUUUGGAAGAUGCGGAUUGGUCCACGUCUCCUAUCGGUACAAUGUGCAAAAGGAAGCAAGAUUUUGCAGCCUCCGCCAAAGCUUGAUUCCUCAGUUUCUGACUCAUCUGCUUACACGCCUUUAGAAGUUUUCUUGUUAAAUGGUGAUUCAGGGCAGCUAUCUUUGUUGAGACCGUAAAUAUAUUGAAGGACAAGUUUCUUCUAAUUCUACCUGCCAUCUGUUUUCAUAAUCAAGGACUAUCAUAUUAUUCUUUUGUUUAUAUUUUUGUUCAGUAAUUUUAUAUAUAAACAAUAUUUUACCAAAUUUAUGUCUAA